CCGGCGGCGGCCAUCUCUGGGCGGCGGCGGCGGCGGCGGCGGGCGGUGUCUGCGCGGUCGGUGAGACCCGCGCGGGUGAGGCGCUGGACUGUUUUUGCCAACAAUGGCAUCUGGAGAUGACAGUCCUAUCUUUGAAGAUGAUGAAAGCCCUCCUUACAGCCUAGAAAAAAUGACAGAUCUCGUAGCUGUUUGGGAUGUUGCUUUAAGUGACGGAGUCCACAAGAUCGAAUUUGAACAUGGGACUACAUCAGGCAAACGAGUAGUAUAUGUAGAUGGAAAGGAAGAGAUAAGAAAAGAGUGGAUGUUCAAAUUAGUGGGCAAAGAAACAUUCUAUGUUGGAGCUGCAAAGACAAAAGCGACCAUAAAUAUAGAUGCUAUCAGUGGUUUUGCUUAUGAAUAUACUCUGGAAAUUAAUGGGAAAAGUCUCAAGAAGUAUAUGGAGGACAGAUCAAAAACCACCAAUACUUGGGUAUUACACAUGGAUGGUGAGAACUUUAGAAUUGUUUUGGAAAAAGAUACUAUGGACGUAUGGUGCAAUGGUAAAAAACUGGAGACAGCGGGUGAGUUUGUAGAUGAUGGGACUGAAACUCACUUCAGUAUCGGGAACCAUGACUGUUACAUAAAGGCUGUCAGUAGUGGGAAGCGGAAAGAAGGGAUUAUUCAUACUCUCAUUGUGGAUAAUAGAGAAAUCCCAGAGAUUGCAAGUUAAUGAAUUUUAAUCUUAAGAAGUAAAGAUCAGGACUUUUUAAUUACUGUGGUAAUUAAAUGUGUUCAGUAUGUACUUAUCAGUACAUUUAGUCUGCAAUGUUUUAAUUUUUUAAAAAGUUACAUGAAACUAACAUUCCAAGGGUCAGGAAAAAACCAAUUAUGUAUAGUCAUAAAAAUUACAAUUUAUGAUGCAAAUAAUGUAAAAUGUUUUAAAGACAAAUGGCAAAUAAGAUAUGGACCAAAGUCACUAAUGUUUUACAACAGUAACCUUUACUAUAAUAAAUACUUUUUAAAAAAUCUGCUUGAUUUGUGUUUAUAUGUAUGGGUAAGUCUUUAUGUGUUUUUAACCUGUGCAGAUAGGUUUUCUCUCUAGUUUAAAGCAGUUGGUACAUAAUGAUACAAUUAGUUUAACUGAAGAAAACGAGAAACUUUUUUUUAUUUGGAAACAUUAAGGAAACUUCAGAUAGUGUCACAAGAAUUUAAUUUAAAAUGUGGGUUUCUGAAAAUGUAGUUGUUUUGUUUAAUUAACAUGGUGAAGACAUAAACCAAAAGGAAAAGAAGCAAACUCCUUUACACCAGAUUGUAUCAAGUGCUUCCUCAGGCAGUAUUUAAAAAGUCUGAGUUGUGUAUCUGUGCCUGGAUGUGGCGCCAGUGUUAGUGCUUCUGUGAUUGAAUCGGCCUGUGCAGGCAUACUCACAAAGACCAGCCAAGUCAGUACAUUAAGUGCCUGAGGGUUGGUCACUUCAAUACUCUGAAAGUCUUUCAAGGCAGGAUAUAGUUUAAUAGUAGACCACAUUGGGGCAUUUCACAUCUGUUAUCACUGCUGAUCUUCUGUGUGAAGGGGCAUUCUCCAUUUUUUUGACUUGCUCUGUCCAAUAUGGUUGCCAUUAGUCACAUGGCAAUUUAAGUUAAUUAAAAUUAAGUACAAUCAAAAAUUCAGUUUCUUAGUCACGCUAACUACACUUCAAGUGCUCAACAGUCACAUGUGGCUAGUGGCUAUCAUACCACACAGUAUAUAGAACAUUUCCGUCACCACACCAAGUUCUGUUGGACAGCACUGGUCUAGAUAGAUAGACUGUCUCAGGCUGAGUGAGUUGCUCAGUAGUGGCAUAGGAUUUUAAAUCCAGGUUUUUCUGAUACUAAGACUUAGGCCCUUUACUACGAUCUCCCUGUCAUUAACAUAUUUUGAAGAGAUUUUGGGCAGAACAGGGGCAGAACAGAGGCAGAACCAGGUUCUAACAGCAGGAAAAAGAAAUUGAGGGGCAGGAGAGCAGUGAGGAAAGACGUUUUGGAGAGGCCAGGACCCGGCAGGCAACAUGCAGGGUUGCAGGGCGGCAGGGUGGGUGUAUUGAAAAGCCUUGACUCCUUCUUUCUUCUAACACCUUUUAUUUUGAAGUCUUUACCACUGGCAGCUCAGCGUACUACCUUUACAAAAACGUUUACAAGGCUGGGCUGGUGGCUUAUGCCUCUAAUCCCAACAUUGUGGAAGGCUGAGACAGUAGGAUUGCUUUAGCCCAAGAGUUCAAGACCAGCCUGAGCAACAUAGUGAGACCCUGUCUCUACAAAAUAAAACAAAAAUUUAAGUUUAUAAAAGAUUUUUACCAAAAAACCUCCCUGGUCUUCCCAUUCCACCCCCUAGUUUUGCUUCAAUGCCAUUGGAAGACCAGGAAACAAUCUAACAGGGACUCAGGCUUGUUAAACUCACAUUUGGGUUUGCUUUCAUGGAUUUAGGAGUUGUGGUUUGUUUUCAUUUUUCUUGAGUAAAAGUCUUUUAAUGGCCAUAUUUUAUCUGCUAGAAAAAUAUUUUGUGUCAUGUCCAAAAGCAAAGCAAUUAUUUUUAGGCAUUGGGCUUUGAACUGUAGUUAUUAGAGGUCAAAAUCCGUGAUUUGCAGUGGUUGUCGUGUACCUAAGCAAACACUUGCGAGUACAGUUUGAUUCCGUCUUUAUGGAGACCAACCCCAGGAAUAUAGUCUUGCCUUUGACAUGGUAAAUCCAUGUUUGUUUCGUUUUGUUAAUUCAAAGUAGCACAAUAAUGUGGAAAGAGUAUAGCCUAGAUCUGAAGUUUGGCACAGCAAGUUAAGUUCUUGAGCCUCAGUUUCCUCACCUUAAAACUUGAGGCUAUUACGUGUCUUAUUUAAUUAGAUAUUUCAGAUGUACAAAAAAAUAGAAAAUAUAACACAGCUGUAUUAUUAAACUAGGUGUACCUAUUACCCAGUUUAAUAACUAAAGCAUUACCAAUGCAACUGAAUACCCAUAUACCCUCCCUGUUCCCUUCCCCUCCCUUGUGCAACUAAUCACUAAUGUGUAUUUGAUGUUUAUCAUUCCCAUGUGCAAGUUUGUAUUAUUUUACUUUUGAUAUAUAUUUUUGAUAUAUAUCAAAAAAGUACAGUAUUAUUUUAAAAUUUAAAUGUUAUCACAUUCUGUGUAUCCUUCCUACAUCAUGGUUUUCCGUCACUCAACAAUGUUUUCUGAUCUAGGUUGGUAUGUGUAUCUCCAGUUCCUUUAACUUUUGCAUUCAACCAUACAAAUUUAGCUGCACAUACCCCUAGUUUUCAGAUGAUCAUCAAUACAUCAGUGGCUCUAAUGAACAUCUUUGUGUAUGUCCCUUGAGUUUAUGUUCAAGAGUUUCUCUUGGGUCUUGGUAUUUUAAGUGUGCCCCUGUACCAACAGCAAUGACAUCACCUGGGAGCUUGUUAGAAAUUAAGAAUCACGGGUUCUUCCCCAGGCCUAUUGAAGGAGAAUCUGUGUUUUAACAAGACCCCCGUGGUGAUUUGUACAUCAAAGAUUUAGAAGCACUGUUCCAGGUCUAUUGAGGAGCAGAAUUGCUAAAUCAAAGGGUAGGUGCAUCUUCAAUACUAUUAGAUAUUUGCCAGACUGCCCUCCAGGGCAGUUGUGCUGUUGUAUACUUUGGCCAGCAGUAGAGUUUUCUUUUCCUAAUAUUUUCACCACACUUGAUAUAUGGUCAGGCUUUUAAAGUUUUGCCAAUCUGAGGGUUUAAACAAUAUUGCAUUUUAAUCUUCUUUUUUCUCAUUUUGUUUUCUCACUUUAUUUUUUGAGUAUCUGACAUGUUUAUUGUCGAUUCGGUUUCCUUUUCUGAGAAUUGUCUUUUUAUUUCCUUUGCUUAUUUUUCUGUUGAGUUGUUUGACAAUUUCUAAUAGAUUUGUAGUAGUUCUACAUAUAUCACAGAACUAAUCCUUUGUUGCCUUUCCCUUACAGCAAUAUGAAAUGUGCAAUAUAUCAAGUCUCCCAGGCAUCCCUUCAAUUUAACCCAUAGUACCUACUUCCUCUAGUGAGUUAUGAGGGUAGGGACCACAUACCACUGUCUCCCCCAGGACCUAGCAUACCCUUC